AUGGGCAACCGUGUGUGUGGACACAAAGAGCUGGAGGACGAAGAUCCUGACACUGCGUGGCAGAAACAGAACAAGGCCCAAUCAGAAAAAAGCAUGUACAAGAUAAUUAAUUUACAAAACGGGGGUACCCUCCUCGAAACAUUCAAAGAAAUGAGGGAAAGGAACGAUCUAGAAAGUUUCAAGGAGAUUGCAGCUAAGGAGCUUCCUCCGUAUCUGUAUAACGGCGGCGAAGAUACCCAUCUCAUCACUAAGACAGAGUAUGUAAUGUAUUUAAAAAUGUGCGCCAAACAAGUUGCGACAAUAUGGACAGACGAGAAAGCCAAGCAACUCGGAGAAGAGUUCGACAAAAGACAAGAAGGGCAAUUUCGUAACAAGUUUCAGGAGCAUGAAGCGUGUUUUGAUCUGGAUAAUCGUGGAGGUGUCGGCGAGACGAUCCUUCAUCUAUGUUAUUUGAAUAACUCGGACAUUCACAAAGAGCUGGCCAAGGUGUUAAUUGAAAAAUAUCCGAAAAUGGUAUUGGAUAUUUAUGAAGGAUACGAAUAUUACGGGGAAUCGUGUCUUCACCUCGCAAUCGUUAACCAGGACCUAGAGUCAGUAAAAUUUCUUGUGGAAAAGGGUGCUCGUCUAGAUCAACGUGCGUCCGGACGUUUCUUUCUUCCGGAGGCUCAUAAAGAUGGAUCGGCGAAGGGUAAAGACAUUGAUUAUUUUGGGUAUGCCUAUUAUGGAGAAUAUCCCCUUCACUUCGCCGCUUCCGUAGCUAAUGAAGAUAUUUACACGUACUUGUUAGAAAAAAGUAAUCCGUUAACUGGUCUAGUAGAUCCCAAUGCCCAAGACUCAUUCGGAAACACCGCACUGCAUAUGCUGGUAAUUCAUAAUAAGCCGGAAAUGUACAAACUGGUCUUGGAGCGCGCUGAUCCGGAAAUCCGAAACGUGUCAGGGUUAACCCCGCUUGGUUUGGCGUGUAAACUGGGUAGGAACAAACUAUUUCAGCAGAUCUUAGAAGUGAAUAGUACGACCUUUUGGAAAUUCAGUAAUUUUCACUGCGUUGCGUACCCACUAGACAACAUAGACAGCAUAAAAUCAAAUGGCGAUCACGACUGGGACUCGGCCUUAUCAAUUAUAGUCGGUAGUAACAAGGACGAACAUCUCCCAAUGUUAGACGGCGGAGUGAUACAUCUGCUGUUGCUGGAGAAGUGGCGGGUGUUUGCAAAGAGACAAUUUACAAUUCGUCUUACCUUCGCUAUCAUAUACCUACUAACAUUAAGCGUUGCCAUAUAUACCAGACCUGCUGGAGACUUGAUUGGUGGAACUGACGUCAAGAGUAUUGUUCGAUACGUCGCCGAAGCUUUGACAACGAUUGGUUGUUUAAUCUAUCUAGGUCUCGAAUUUUUCCACAUUAAAACCGUUAAAUUGGGUUACUUUAGUACGAUGCGUAACGUUCCAGCCAAGGGCCUCUUCCUAUUCUCCUGUGUCUUGAUAUUAUUGUGCGUACCAAUGCGAUUCCUGGAUAAACGAUACAUUGAGGAUAUGUUGGUAAUAGCUGCAGUUCCUCUAGCAUGGACAUAUAUACUCUUCUUUUACAGGGUUCUGGAAAGUCUAGGACCGUUUGUGACCAUGAUCUAUAAGAUGAUUGCCGGAGACUUGUUUCGUUUCAGUCUUAUCACCAUUACUAUAUUGUCCUCGUUUUCCCCAGCGUUUUACUUCCUCUUUAAAGACAUCGGAGUUUACGUAUUUACAUUCGAUACGGUCUAUGGCACCUGGAUGAGUUUAUUUCAUAUGGCGUUUGGCGAGUUUGCAACUCUUAUCAGUGGAAAGGUAAGGGCAUUACAACUAGCACAAAUAUAG